AUAGUCUUUAGAGAGAGGAGCAACACCCAUGCAACACCUCGGCUUUGACAGCGUUUGACCUUUCGUCCAAUGAACUGCGCAGUGUUAUUUGAAACCGGCAGAGUUUUUACUUACAUUUUGUAAUAAUCUUACCACUGAAGGGAUUUGAGUUGGUUAAUAAUUAACAGGCUAAAAUAUGCAAAACUACGCAGAGUCAAUCAAGAACUUUGUAGAGAGUCACGCGACCGGUCUCACUGUUGCUUUUGUUGCAGGGGCAGGCGUACUGGCCUUGCGCAGAUGGAUGGCUGGUGGAGUGUGUCGUAGCAAGGUCAGGCUGGAUGGGAAAACAGUCCUGAUCACAGGAGCCAACACUGGCAUUGGGAAGGAGACGGCCCUGGAUAUGGCCCAGCGAGGAGCCAGAGUGAUCCUAGCCUGCAGAGACAUGACCAGAGCCCGCAUUGCAGCUGAUGAUAUCCGCCAACAGAGUGGAAACGGUAACGUGGUGGUAAAGAAAUUGGAUCUCGCCUCACUGCAGUCUGUUAGGGACCUGGCCAAAGAUGUCCUGGAGAAUGAAGAACGUUUGGACAUCCUCAUCAAUAAUGCAGGUAUCAUGAUGUGUCCUAAGUGGAAGACUGAUGAUGGCUUUGAAAUGCAGUUUGGUGUCAACCACCUGGGACAUUUUCUCCUCACCAACUGUCUUCUUGACCUGCUGAAGAAGUCAACGCCAAGUCGCAUUGUCAUUGUCUCCAGCCUGGCACACGAGAAAGGCCAUAUACACUUUGAUGACAUCAACCUUGAUAGAAACUAUCAGCGUGAGGUGAGCUACCGCCAAAGCAAGCUGGCCAAUGUGCUCUUCUGCAGAGAACUGGCUUCAAGACUGCAAGACACUGGUGUGACAGUGUACAGUCUUCACCCUGGGGUCAUUCGCACGGAAUUAGGCCGCCACUUGUUCCCUACUUUAGCUCUGUGGCAGAGGAUCAUAGCCACGCCAUUUUUCAUGCUGAUCAAAAGUCCCUGGGAAGGAGCUCAGACCAGCAUCUACUGCGCUGUAGAUGAGAGCCAGGCAAACGUCAGUGGCCUCUACUACAGUGACUGUGCCUCCAAAACGCCGGCACCGCAAGCCCUUGAUGAUGCUGCAGCCAAGAAGCUGUGGGACCUCAGUGCUUCCAUGGUUGGUCUAGCCUGAACACUAAAUCACCUACUCUAACUGCUGGAGUCAGCUGCCCUGUUUUCUCAGGUGAAUCAAUAACAGCAAAUUAGGUUCAUCAUCUAAUGGGUAUAGGCAUUGCAUUAUAAAUGAUGAUUUUACCUAGAUGAUGAGUAUAACAUUUUGUACUAUUUAAUCUUAGACCCCAGUUAGUUGAUUGAAUAUUAAACUUAGGUAUAUUGCUUCAUCUUUAUGUUAUCCAGAGGUUGCAUUAUGAUUUCUGCUUAAUUGUAUAGCUAUGGUGUGCUGCUAUAUCCCUAUCAAAAUGAGGCAAUACUUGCUUUUUAAUUGACCAUGUGAUUGUUUGCAUUCCAAUGAGCAAUUGCGAAUUCUGAAAUGCUUAUUUGCCAAAUAGGCUGGCAUUUUGUCAUCAUAUGAUUUGUGGUGCAAAUUUGAAGAGACUUUUAAGGCCUCAAACUUUUGCUUUUAUUCAUGGCAUCUAACAACAAUUGCAAACAUACAGUAAAAUGAUUGUACAGUCUGUAUAAUCAAUUCUGUGAAAAGAUUAUUGCACUUCAGAGGAGAGAGGAUCCUCCAACAGAUGUGUGCCCUGUGUGUGUGUGUGUGUGUGUGUGUGUGUUUGUUUUUGUUUAUUUUUGUGUGUGUGUGUGUUUGUUUUUGUUUAUUUGUGUGUGUGUGUGUGUGUGUGUGUGUGUGUGUGUGUGUGUGUGUGUGUGUGUCAGAGCUGCAGGAGGAAUGGCAGGGCGAGUACUGGAUCUUAUCUGUCUGUGACAGGGACAGGGAAUAGAUGUGUGUGUGUGUGUGUGUGUGUGUGUGUGUGUGUGUGUGUGUGUGUGUGUGUGUGUGUGUGUGUGCUCUUUGUUGUAUCACGAUGUGUUGCUUUCAUUCUUUAAGGUGAGAAUUGCUGUGCCAAAAGGGAACCACCAAUGAAAUGUUUUUGCCAAUAAAUUUCUGAUUAAUUAAAUAUUUAACGUUAUUAAAUAACGUGUGCAAUAACUAAAACUCUUAGAUGGAAGACAAAUGGCUGUGAAUGAGGAAAUAGUGUCCACAACAAUUGAAACAUAUUAUUUUUGAGUCACAUCGUGACUUACAGAAACAAAUAGAGAAUCCAGGCUUUUUUGAGCAGGUUAUCAGCACAUUUAAGGAUGGUGAUGUGUUCCAAAGGGUGAAUGCGGCCCCAUAUUGUGUUUGAGAGAAGUUUUUGCUUAAGAUAUGGGGUUGCCAGUCUGAGCUCCUUAAAGUAACCUUGGUUAUUUAAAAGAGUUUCCCCAGAGCUCUUUUAAAUUAAGCUAGGUGAAAAUAUGGAUUAUCGAAAAAAGAGAAUUAGUUGAAAUAGCUCAGGCGUUAUGAAUAAUCAUACUCAUACUGUACGUACCACUUUUUAAAAUAAAGUCAUGAGGUUGAUA